AUGCGGCCCAUUGACCAACCUUGUUCAUACGUGAUGCGGGUUCAGUUGUGUACGGCUGCAACGGUUUAAAUUAAUCCGCGUAUCAGUGUGAGAACGAAACCAACGAAGAUGAGUUUUUCGUGUUGAAUCUGUUUCGUUGUGUCACAUUGUAGUUACCAACAGUUAAGUGGUUCAGAUCGUUUCUAUCAGUGAUCGUGAUACGAUACCUUGUAGUGUUGUUUGGUCCGCUACGAAAGAGUUGAAUGACCACGAAGAUGAAGUUGUGUAUGUUUGUAUCUGUUCUGUUAUCUACCUUCGACUUUAUAUACGUGGCGCCAGCUUUCGGUGAUGCAUUUCACGUUGGCACGGAGCAAACGUUUGCUUUUUCUAACGUUGUACAAGUAGGAAAUGCUAAAAAUGCGACCGUUGCAUUUGGCUACCGGACGCUGGCUACCGUCGUUGUAGCAUCAGUAUGGGGAAACGAUGAGACGAAGCUUUUGAAAAUACAGAUUCAAAAUCCUAAACUUGUUAGCAUUCCUGAUGAGAGCACUGGAGUGAUGGUAGGCAUUGAAUCUCCGUUCUAUGCGUGGUGGAAUUUGGGCUACAUCAGAGAGCUAUACUUUACACCUUCAGACGCGGUUCCGGUAAGAAAUCUGAAGAAGGGAAUAGGUGCACUGUUCCAAUAUCAACUGUUGGAUGGAGUAUACACGGAAGAUGAUCCGUCGGGACAAUGUGAGGCAAAGUACAUCUCGCACUCAUCCACACGGUAUCACAAAUCAAAGGGAAACUGUCAUUAUGAUGCCAAACGGAUGGAAAGACCUGAAUAUGCUUUGCGAAGUAGUUUAAAAACAUCACGAAGCACGGAUUUUACUGUCUCCACCGAAGGAGCACUACAAAAAGUGACGAGCCAGGACUACGUAAAGUAUUUGCUUAAUGCGCACGAUCAAUUUGGAGCGUACUACGAGUCCGUCAUGCAGCUGAAUGUGCAAGGCAGCGCCCAGAAAACGACAACAGUGGAAGGAUCAAGCGUAGAAGGUAUCGUUAAACAGUUGGCUUUGGAACGAGAAACACUAUUGACACAAGAAUUUGUGAUGCCAUGCAAGGACAACAAUUGCGAUAGCGUCAUCAGCGUGUUUAAACAUUACAAAAAAUCGCUCUCCAACGCUAAUGUGGGUAAAGAAGCAUCUGCCACAGCGAUGAUUGAUCUAGUGCAGGUAGCGCGCCAUGCCAGGAAAGAGGAUUUGUUGCGUAUGCUUAAGGCUAAAUCAUCGAACGAAAUUAAAGGCCAACUGUUGGAUCUUUUCGGAGCGGUACAAACGGUAGCCUCACAUGAGGCGGCCAAAUCUGAAUUUCUGCACGGUUCUGAGGACGAACAGAUGUUCCUUGGAGAACGCUACCUGCAAGCACUAGCCGUUGGCACGCGCCCACAAAAAGAAAUCGUUGAAGAUCUAUUGCAAAUGGCCCAAACUGAACAUAAAAAUGUGAAAUUUUACGACACUCUUAUCCAAAGUCUGGCAGCCGUUACUCGCCGAUAUGCUCAACUGGAAGGAAACUCUUAUGAAACAGAGGUGGUAAAGAAGGUGGCCGUAUUGUUACAAGAAAAGCUCGACGAAUGUUCAAAUGAGAGGUGUAAGUUAAAGUAUAUACGUGGGUUCCAAAAUCUUAAAUGUCCCAAAACGGUGGAUAGUCUACUAAAGCUCGCACAGGAAUCAACGAAAUCUGUUAGCGUGGCGGCAAUGAAAGCUCUACGAUCAUUCUCGGUCUAUCUGUGGAACGACGAGUACAGGGCGAAAUUUGAGGAUAUUUUCUUUCAGGUGUCAAAACGUUACGAUUCCAGUGCACGUACAUUGGCGUUAGAUAUUUUGCUGGAUUUGAAACCAGAUUAUGACGAACUAUCGCAUUUGUUACAGUUUUUAAAGUCCACUGAUAAAACGUACGAGGUGAAACAAUAUUUGCUACAGAAGUUGCGGAUGCUCGCAGAACAAUGUACCGAAUUUGCAAUGAUGCUGAAGACCAUUAUCGAGAGUGACCCAGUACUGAAUAACUACCACGUGCUAGCUCCAAGAGGAUUGUCCACGGCUUUGAGCCGUAAAUUUUCGUCAGUGCCGUCGUUUAAUGCUUCUCUUACGAGUUUGCAAGAGAUGAGCGGAGGAGUUUUGAAACGGGGUAUCGUUGAUUUAACGCUAGACGUAGACAAUGAAAGAACAAGUUUAUUUACGCUAGGACUUUACGCCGGCGGCAUGUCAUCGUUUGUCAGUAGCAAUGAUGAAGAUACCAAAGACGGUGAGGAAGAGGAAGAUACGACGGCAGGAAUGGAGCUGUUGAUACAAGGUGUGGCAAUGAGGCCAUUGGAAUUUUUCAGCGGAAAGGGUGAAUUGAUGGGCCAUGUUUGGAGCGGUACAGCAUCGGAACCGACACCGGCUUACCAGGCCAUCACAUUGUUGCAGGACAGCGAAGAACGAUUUGCUUCCCAUAACGGUGUUACGUUAACCCUCAGCUCGACUGGUGCUAUAUCGAUUGAUCUAAAUGGACAGGUGACUAUGAGCCUGUGGGGCCGUAACGCGCAGUCCAAAGUAGAACAAAAUACUGGCAUAAGCAUGACGGGCCGGCUAUCCUUCGAUACGUCCUUUACGAACGUGGAUGUUCGGUUCAGUGUGGAACAGGAGCCACAAUUGCAUUUGACAUCGGCUCUAGACUUUUCUGGAGAUCCAGCACUGUGCAUGCAGCUAGUACAACCGAAGAGUUCGCUUAAACAACGGUUUGCGAGAACGAUUAAACUGGUGGGAACACAACAUCGGGCGUCACGUAAAUCGAUCAAAACGGUAAAGUUGAACGGAUUAACGCAUUCGCUUAAUAGAAAAAACAAUGAUAUGUGCAAUUUAAUUUCAAAAAGUUGAUAUGGCCAUAAGGCUAGCAGUGUUUUAAAACGCAUAAGUUGAUGGUAAAAAAGUAAAUUUUUCAGAUACACAUCUCUCAGGUUAUUCAAACUAAUAUAUCUUUAAAUUCCAGUAACUGAUGAAAACCAUUCCAAUUGAAGUCUCUCUUCUUUAUUAAUUACACAAAUAAGCCAAUAGACUUAUUGUAAUUAUCGUGCAAUUAUAAUGACAAUUAAAACAAAUAUGACGCCAAACUAAUAACAA